CUUCGAGUGUGUGAUAGACAACUUUAACCUGUCGCAUGAACGAUGGGUACAUCAAUGUCCCUCCCCGCGAAUGGUCUUCGGGCCAUCGCUGGCAUCGUUCUUACAAUCAUCGAAGAAAUUCAGUCAUCAGGAAUCCUCGAAAACCCCACUUUCGCAAACCUGAGACUCGCCAGAGACUCAUAUCUUCAACGACAAUCUAACAGGAUGCCAAUGGCGGAAUGGCAGGAUGAUGAAUGGGAAGACGAAGAUCAUAUCGUUCUGGACGCGGAAGAAGAAAUUAGGGGGGGAGAAACAGCCGAACUCCAAGCCAAUAUAGCACCACAUACCACCGGGGCGAACGUUGAAGAAACUUACUGGGCACAAACAGAUCAUGUAGCUGAUGUGGGGCGGAGGCCAAGCGAAGUAGGAAUACAUGCUUCAGAAGAAACGACACGGAGGCGUCUGUAUGAAACACCGGGGCGUCAAGCCGCCGUGCUCCACAUGGAUGUGAAGGGAAAAGACGUCUCGGGCACGAAGUCCAACAAAAAAGCAAGCACUACAAUUGCUGGAAAUGCCAUAAAUGGGAAGGAUGACCCGCAGACCUUGGAAAAACACAGCGCCUUCCAGCUCGUAAACAUCCCCAGCGAUAAGGAGAUACAGUCGGCAAAGCACAGAGUCCAAUACGAGGAAGGGCUAUUCCAUUUCGCGGUGACAGGGGUUUCGGGUGCGGGAAAGUCAUCGCUGAUCAAUGCCUUCCGAGGCCUUCGAAACAGAGAUCAGGGGGCUGCCCCAACGGGGGUGGUUGAGACCACCGCGGACGUCACCAGAUUCUCAGAUCCAAACCCGCGGAACCCGUUCGCUUGGUACGAUGUCCCAGGAUCCGGCACAUUGAACACGCCAGAUUGGCAGUAUUUCACUGCACAAGGACUCUACGUUUUCGACUGCAUCAUUAUCCUUUUCGACAGCCGGUUUACAAUGACUGACCUCGCCAUGCUGGUCAAUUGCCGGCGUUUUAACAUCCCCACUUAUAUCGUGCGGUCGAAAUCAGACACGCAUAUCAGAAACAUCAUCAAGGAAUUGGGUUAUGAUAGCGAUGAAGAUGAAAACCACUCGCGUCGUAACGCAUUGUAUAGCUCCGCGCGCGAGCAAUACAUCGCCGAAACUCGUGCCACCGUGAGGCGCAACCUUCAGGAUGCGAAUUUACCCGAUCAGAGGGUGUACAUCGUCGCCAACAGCACUAUGGUUUCCACAGUGAGAGACCAAAAACUGUCAGAAAAGACUAUAGACGAACUAGAGUUAAUGCGAGACCUCUUCAGGGAAGCCCAGUUGAGGCGUUGUAAAAGUGGGCGCUCACCGGUGUACGAAAUCUAAAGGCUAGAGUUCGUCUGUUAUCCAAUCAUAGUUACUGGUACUCGGAAUUCUUGUCAGUCGGAAUCAUAAUAAAAAGUGAGUGCCGUGGUAGCUGGUGUCACGCCCAUCAAUCUUCAGAUAAUUGGCAGCUGUAGGCAUCAGACACUGUUCAUUAGUUCAUCUCAUGUACA